GAAGCAGAUGCAGUGGCAUACAAUGCCGCUAUCAGCGUUUGUGGCCAUGCAUCACGGCUGGCUGAAGCAGAAGAGCUUUUUCGGGAGAUGACCCAACGGGGUCUCAAGCCAAGCGUCGUGACCUACACAACAGUCCUGACCGCUCGCAGCGCUGUCGGACAUUGGGACCAAGCUCUGGCUCUCCUAGGGGCUAUGAAAGCAGAGGAAGUCGAACCCAGCCUCGUCACCUACGGGGCGGCGCUGGGGGCCUGUGCGAGUGGCGAGCAGUGGCAGAGCGCCUUGGAGCUCUUCGCCAAGAUCAGUGGCAAGCCGAAUGCCGUAGUCUACAACGCGGCCGUCACCGCAUGCGCUCGUGCCGGGCAAUGGGAGCAUGCGGUCGCCCUGGUAGCUCAUGCUGGGGUGGACAGGCAUGGUCCGGAUUUGCUGCUCUACACCUCCGCCAUCAGCGCCUGUGAGAAGGCCUCGCAGUGGCACCAAGCUUUGGUGCUCUUGCGCCAGCUCCCACGUCCCGACGUCGCAGCCUUCGGCGCAGCAAUCAGCGCCUGUGCCAGUGGGACCAGGUGGGAGCAGGCCUUGCAGCUUCUGGAUGAGGUGGAUCUGGCUGGCCUGACGGUCACCCUGGCGGCUGUGAACGCGGGCAUUGCAGCCUGUGAGAAGGGCCUGCAAUGGGAGAUGGCCCUGUGGCUCCUGGGCUCGCUGCCUUCGCGGCACCUCGCUGCCGACGUGGUCAGUUACAGCUCCGUCAUCAGCGCUUGCGCCCCGAGUGGGAACUGGCAGGUGGUGCUUGACAUGCUCGCAGCGAUGCGCAUGGCUACCCUUGAGCUGGACGGCAUCGCCCACGACGCAUCGCAGAGGGCGUUCGAAGCAGCGGAGAUCCAGCUUCGGCACCGGAGGCUUCGAUUUACCAGUCGGCCUCUUGUGGCUGCAAAGACAACCAUGCUCGAAGGCAUCCGGCUUCACUUCUGCAUCUUCCAAGCGGAGGAGCAGGGCCUCAGUGGCUGGACCUUGGAGCAAGGCAGUCUCCAGAACCGCUGGGAUGUGAUUCUGGAUGGCCUCCUGAAGGCCGUGAUGAUGGAUGGCCAGUGGCCACGGGAUGUCGCCGCGCAUGCCUUCGUGGGAGCAGAUGCGGUGCACAUUACGGGCGCCAUACAAGAGCAGGUGAUGCCCAUCGUGGGCUACAAGGCCGGUCGCGCCCAAUACCAGCCCGCCACCUUCAAAGCCUUCGAGGAGACGCUGUGGCGUUCUCGCGAGGUGGAGGGCCUGCAAGGCAUCCGUUGGGAGUUGGGAGGCGCGAAGGAGUCGCUGGAAGAUGCCAAGGAAGCCCAGCUGGCAAACCUGGAUGCGUUGCUCUCGGAGUGGCUCGGCCAUGUGCAACUGGCGCCGAAGGAUCAAUGCCGCUGGAACCGCCAUAGCCUUUGCAACGAAGGAUGCCCGGGGAUCCUACGGCGAGCUCCUGCGGAGCUCCGAGGCCUCCGGAGCCGGCGAGGAGACCCUUUUUCUGCUCCUUGGAGGGGCUCACGGCUUUGA